UAAUACUACUACUACUACUACUACUACUACUACCACCACUACUACUACUACUGGUGCUGGUACUUCUGAGUUGCUGCUGCUGCUAGUACUACUACAGCUACUACCACUACUACGCAUCAUAUCGACAAGCCAGUGGCGGGCCGCCGGGCAGGCAGUAGUAAGCGCACGGCCCUGGUGUAAGGAGGACGUGGGUGCCGGUGCUGGUGCGUCGUGUUGAGCCUCGCUGCUGCUUGUCUCACACCCGCACAACCACCACGAGAGCUCCAUUACAACUUUUCCCCACCUCUGCUAAUACUUAGGCUCCACCGCUGCCUGCGCUUCGCCACCCACUCACCUGCCCACCAGCUCGUCCAGGUGUGUUCCCCGUCCGCCGUGAUGGUUCGUGGGCGACGCACCUCUGCUGACACGGGUUGCUGCCGCUGGUCCCUCCUCCCCCUCCUGCUCCUCCCGCUGCUGUCUCUCUCUCCCUGUCUGGCCGUCACCAACACCACCUCCACCUCCUCCUCCUCCUCAUCCCAAUCUGACUCCUCCGACUCCUCCUCCUCCUCCUCGUCCACUUCCUGUUCCUCACCUAAAUCGUCUUCUUUCUCGCCUACGUCGUCAUCCUCGUGCUCCUUAUCGUCUCUGCCCACUGUGAGCCAUGACUAUUGCGUCAUAGGAGCGGGACCAGCCGGGCUACAGAUGGGGUACUUUCUGCACACCGCUGGGAGGGACUACCUUAUCUUCGAACGUGCCAAUCAUUCAGGCAGCUUCUUCUCGGAGUACCCCCGUCACCGGCGCCUCAUCAGCAUCAACAAGAGAUACACGGGAAAGACAAACGCGGAAUUCAACCUGAGGCAUGACUGGAAUUCUCUUCUCUCACACGAUCCCUCUCUUCUCUUCAAGCACUUCUCUUCAGAGUUUUUCCCUGAGGCAGAUACAAUGGUGCGGUACCUCGGGGAGUUCGCGGGUCGUCUGGGGCUUCGUGUGAAGUACAAUACUGUGGUGCAGGAGCUUCAGCGGCACCAUGACAGUACGGCCAAUCCCAAAGGGCACUUCAGCUUCCGAGACCAGCAUGGCAGACGCUACUCCUGCAGGACCGUGGUGAUGGCGACAGGAAUGAGUGUUCCCAGCAAACCCAACUUCCCAGGGGCUCAUUACACCUUGGGCUACGAGAAGCUGCCUCUCGAGCCGGCCUUCUACGAGGGGAAGAACGUGCUUAUACUUGGCAGGGGCAACGCGGCCUUCGAGACAGCGGACGCCAUCUACGGCAGCACCAAUAUGGUCCACAUGGUGUCCAGGUCCAGGGCGAGGCUCUCCUGGAACACUCACUACGUCGGGGACCUCAGAGCAGUCAACAACGGCCUCCUGGACACCUACCAACUCAAGUCCCUGGAUGGCCUGGUGGAAGCCUCGGUGGAAGACAUGGUGCUGGAGAAACAGAAUGGACUGAUCUACGUGCAGUUUCCCUGGGACCAGAAGUCUAAGAACUACCUGCAGGCUAAUAAUGGCAAGGAGAGGAAACUUAUAAAAGAAAACCACUUCGAUAAUUUUUGUCUUCGUGAGGGUUAUGAUAUUGUCCUUCGCUGUCUGGGCUUCAAAUUUGACUUCUCCAUCUUCAGCAACUCCACCCUGCCCGGCACCUCCGCCAAGAAGUCCAAAUACCCUGCGGUCAAGCACACAUACGAGGCUCAGAGUGUACCCGGUCUCUAUUUUGCUGGCACCGCUACUCACUCCCUUGACUACCGCAGAUCCGCCGGAGGGUUCAUCCACGGCUUCAGAUACACAGUCCGCGCUCUUCACCGCCUGCUGGAGUGGCGGCUGGAGGGGCGUCGCUGGCCUGUCACCUCCUACGCCAUCCGGGACCUGCUCAAUGUGUUGUUGAAGAGGAUGAACGAAGCAUCGGGGCCCUACCAGAUGUUUGGGGAGCUGGCUGAUGUGGUGCUGCUGAGAGACGGGAAGACCAGGUUUGAGUUGCUGGAGGAGUUCCCGGUGCAUCUGUUGGCGCAGCUGGAGGACCUGACUGGGCGCGAGGCAGGGGAGGUGGUGGUGAUGCUGAUGGAGUACGGGCCGGACUUCUCGGGGCCUGAAAAAGACACCUUCAGAAUGGACAGGUCUACAGGAGAUCCCCUCGAGGCACACCGCUCCAAUUUCCUCCACCCCGUCUUGUACUACUACAAAAGGGUUCCCACAGAGGCGGAGAUGAUGAUGAAGUGGGACAAGACUAUCCUGCCCAAACCCGAGCGCAUCCACCACGUGCUUGAGGACUUCCUGACACUGUGGACGUCCCAGCAGAGUCACAUCCUCCCGCUGAGACGCUUCCUGGAAUACGUCACGGGGGAAUGAUCUGCGCCACCACUACGCCCACACCUGCCUCUCCCACGCCCUCACUAAUGGACUCGCGCCUCAAAUGUGUGGGUGGGAGUCUGGACUGAGCAUCUGGCCCUCCAGCAGCGUGCCACUCCACCCCCCAGACGACCUCAGCGGCACUCCAGACUUAUCGUUACGUGACAGAGCGGCGUCCGUGCUUCCUGCCACUUCGCCCAGGCCUUCUACAGGUUCUCUCGCCUCUGCUACUUCAUGAUUCGCCGUUGAGUUAAAGUCUUUUCCUUAUCCUUCUCCUUUUUCUCUUCCUCCUCCUCCUUCUUCUGCUUCUUAUUGUCCUGCUCCUCCUCCUCCUCCUCCUCCUCCUCCUCCUCCUCCUCCUCCUCCUCCUCCUCCUCCUCCUCCUCCUGCUUCUCGUUCUCUUCCUCGUAUGGUGCCUGAUGACGCGCCGUGACUGUGUGUGGGUGUUUCUGGUGGAAGUAUCUCUCUCUCUCUCUCUCC